AUGUUUAAUGAAAAUUUUCCUCAACCGAUAGAUAUUGAUAUAGACGAUAUUCUUAAAACUAAUAAAAAAGAUGAAGAUUAUAAAAAAACUUGUCAAGAUUUAUCAUACUUCUUAGGAUGUUGUCUUUCUGAUGAUAUAAAAGAUGAAAAAAUUGCUUUUUAUU